AUGGCGGCGGCUCGGCGGGCUCGGGCGGGCGGUGGCGGUGGCGGUUCGGGGCCGCGGUUCGGGCGGGCGGCGGAGCCGGAGCCGGCGGUGCCGCAGGGGCUGCUGCGGCUGGCGCGGCGCAGCGGGCAGCUCAACCUGGCGGGACGCGGCCUCACCCACGUGCCCGAGCACGUGUGGAGGAUCAACCUGGACACUCCGGAGGAAGCGCAGCAGAACCUGUCCUUCGGAGCUGCCGAUCGCUGGUGGGAGCAGACCGACCUGACCAAGCUGAUCCUGGCCUCCAACAAGCUGCAGAGCCUCUCGGAGGACGUGCAGCUGCUGCCUGCCCUCACCGUGCUGGAUGUGCAUGACAAUCAGCUGACAUCACUGCCUUCUGCUUUAGGGCAGCUUGAAAACCUCCAGAAACUCGAUGUCAGCCACAACCAACUGCGGAGCCUUCCCGAGGAGCUGCUGCAGCUGCCGCGGCUGAGGAGCCUCCUGCUGCAGCACAACCAGCUGAGCCAGCUGCCCGAGGGGCUGGGGCAGCUCCUGAGCUUGGAGGAGCUGGAUGUGUCCAACAAUCAGCUCACAGCCAUCCCCAGCAGCUUUGCUCUGCUGGUGAACGUGGUGAGGCUCAGCCUGGCCGGGAACCAGCUCAGGGAGCUGCCUGCAGACCUCAGUGCCAUGAGAAGCUUGAGGCAACUGGAUUGUACCAAAAAUUACCUGGAAACGGUGCCUCCUAAAUUAGCAAGCAUGGCAUCCCUGGAGCAGCUGUACCUGAGGAAGAACAAACUGCGCUCCUUGCCCGAGUUCCCCUCCUGCAAGCUACUGAAGGAAUUACACGCUGGGGAGAAUCAGAUUGAAAUGCUGAAUGCAGAGAAUCUGAAGCAGCUGAGCUCCCUGUGUGUGCUGGAGCUCAGGGACAACAAGAUCAAGGCAGUGCCCGAGGAGAUCACCCUGCUGCAGAAGCUGGAGAGACUCGACCUGGCCAACAAUGACAUCAGUAGGUUGCCUUACACCCUGGGGAACCUCCCUCAGCUGAAGUUCCUGGCACUGGAGGGAAAUCCUUUGAGAACCAUUCGGAGAGACCUGCUGCAAAAAGGCACCCAAGAGCUGCUGAAAUAUCUGAGAAGCAAAAUCCAAGAUGAAGCCCCUGGCCCCAAUGAGGAACCUCCUGUGACAGCCAUGACUCUCCCCAGCCAGUCCAAGGUCAACAUCCACGCCAUAACCACCCUGAAAUUAUUGGAGUACAGUGACAAGCAGGCUGCAGAGAUCCCCGAGGCCGUGUUCGAUGCCGUGGGCUCCAACCCCGUGGCCACCGUGAACUUCAGCAAGAACCAGCUCAGGGAGAUCCCCCCGAGGCUCGUGGAGCUGAAGGACUCAGUUUGUGAUGUCAGCCUGGGCUUCAACAAAAUCUCCUCCAUUUCCUCAGGGCUGUGCCUGCUCCAAAAGCUGACCCAUCUGGAUCUCAGAAACAACCUUCUGACAGCCUUGCCUGAGGAGAUGGAGGCACUGAAAAGGCUGCACACAAUAAAUCUUGCUUUUAAUAGGUUUAAGGUGUUCCCCAGUGUCCUGUAUCAGCUCCCAGCCCUGGAGACCAUCCUGCUCAGCAACAACCAGGUGGGAUCCAUCGACCCUGUGCAGCUGAAGGGUUUGGACAAGCUGGGAACUCUGGACCUGCAGAACAACGACCUCCUGCAGGUGCCCCCAGAGCUGGGCAACUGUGAGAGCCUCAGGAGCCUGCUGCUGGAGGGGAACCCGUUCCGCACGCCCCGCGCCGCCGUGCUGGCCAAGGGCACGGCUGCAGUGCUGGAAUACCUGAGGAGCCGCAUCCCCUCCUGAGCCUGGGCACCCCUCAGAGCCCUGGGCACCCCUCAGAGCCCUGGGCAUCCCUCCUGAGCCUGGGCACCCCUCAGAGCCCUGGGCAUCCUUCCUGAGCCCUCCUGAGCCCUGGGCAUCCCCUCUGAGCCCUCCUGAGCCUGGCCUGGCCAAGGGCACGGCUGCAGUGCUGGAAUACCUGAGGAGCCGCAUCCCCUCCUGAGCCUGGGCACCCUUCCUGAGCCCUGGGCAUCCCUCAGAGCUCUGGGCAUCCUUCCUGAGCCCUGGGCAUCCUUCCUGAGCCCUGGGCAUUCCUCCUGAGCCUGGGCACCCUUCCUGAGCCCUCCUGAGCCUGGGCAUCCUUCCAGAGCCUGGGCAUCCCCUCAGAGCCCUGGGCAUCCCUCAGAGCCCUGGGCAUCCCCUCCUGAGCCCUGGGCAUCCCCUCAGAGCCCUGGGCAUCCCUCCUGAGCCUGGCCUGGCCUGGGGCAUGGCUGCAGUGCUGGAAUCCCUGCAGAGCCACAUUCCAGCCCCACAGGAGCAGCCAGGUCCCCCCCUGUCCCCCCAGCACCGCUGGCUCCACUGCCUGCAUCCUUCUGCUCCUGGCUGGGGCUCUGCCCAGCCUCCAGCCUUUGUUGCAGUGCUCAGAACCCAGCUGGGAAACAUUCCCUGCCCUCUGCAUGUUCCAGCAGGGAUUUGUGCAUCCCACACUCUGUUUACACUGCCUGUGACAGGGCAGCAAGGAGAGCUGCCUUCAGCACAGCCAGCUGUUCCCUGCAGCUGGGCUGGCCUUUGGGGACUUGUGGCCAUCAAAAAUUGGGGCCAAAGGCAGAGGGAACACUUCUGUGCUUUUUGUAUCCCUGUUUGGUCUUGUCUCACCCUGGAGUGGCUGUGGUGGAGUGUUUGAGGUGUGAGAGGUGCCCCAGGUGUGUGCAGGGCUCAGCUGAGAGGGGAUGGGGCUGGUGCUGCACCCACACAAUAAAUGUUCCUUGGAUUUCUGCCUUGGCUCCUUCGAGCUGUAACUGAGCUUUGGAGAUGGGAACAGUGAGAACUUCUCUUGAUAAAAACUCUUCCAAAUG